CGGCGUUGCCAUUGACAACAGUUGCUGCGUUUAUCCCAUCCUGAAGUGUUUGAGAGAGCUUGUAUCGGUGUUUAAAGAGGUUUAUGUUAGAUUUGACAACAUGCUCAAACCGUGACCUGUUUCUGUGCUUUCGUGGUCGCCCGGUAAAUUUAGUUUAAGGUUAUAUAUUUUCACCCAAGGGGAACUUUGGCGUGCCAGCAAAUCGUUUUAGCCAAUUAGCUUGCUAGCUAGCGUUAGCACACCGAGCUAAUCUCCCCGCGUUAGCUAAUCUUUGGCUUCUCUUUGCCGUUACUUUCGUCUUCAACAAGAGGUGAAUGUGAAUUGGGUGGACUGCAACUGAUGGUCUCUGCAUUAUUCCGACUGGAUAACCAGAGGUAACAUUUAACGUCACAUGUUUAUCUUCUGAGAUAAAAGCCCCAGUGGAAAAAGAAGAAGAUGGAAAUCCACCUCAAUCGAGUAGAUUACAUGCAGGUUGGUGUGACAUCCCAGAAAACUAUGAGGCUGCUUCCAGCGUUGGGGAAAAAGGCAACUCAAAAGGUUGCUAUCGCUGACCAUGAUGGUAUAAUAACUUGUUUUGGGAUGAAGAAGGGAGAAGCACUGCCCGUGUUUAAAACACUGCCAGGGCAGAAAAUAGCCAGACUGGACCUUGGAGGAGCUGCAGGAACUCCCCAGGAGAAGAUCUUUGUUGGUUCUGGUUCUCAGGUCCGAGGAUUCACCAAGAAAGGCAAACAGUUCCUCACCUUUGAAGCCAACCUCACUGAAAGCAUCAACGCCAUGCAUGUCUCAGGCGCUGACCUGUUGGUGUGUGCAAGUUACAUCUACAACCACUACUGUGACUGCAAGGACCAACACUACUACCUCUCUGGAGACAAAAUCAACGACAUCACCUGUUUGUCUUCAGAAAACCCGACUCGCCCUGUCCCGGUCCUGGCGUGUCAAGAUCGAGUCCUCAGAGUGUUGCGGGGAUCAGAGCUGGCCUACGAUACGGAAGUCCCUGGCCCUCCAUCCGUCUUGGAACUAUACAACAAAGAAGGAGGUGAGGAAAUCCUCUACGGAACUACCAAUGGCAAAAUAGGUUUGGUGCGGAUUGGUGAGAGCGCAGCUGCGACCAGAUGGGAGAUUGACAAUGAUAAAAAGAAAGGAGGAAUUCUUUGCAUCGACACCUAUGACAUAAUGGGAGACGGCGUGGGUGACGUCCUGGUGGGCAGAGAUGAUGGCACUGUGGAGGUGUAUGGUUUCGACAGCGACAGUGAGCCCACAUUACGCUUUGAACAUGUGUUGUCGGAGAGUGUGACGUCCAUCCAGGGUGGCUGUGUGGGGAAAGAGUCUUAUGAUGAGGUCUUGACUGCCACUUACACAGGAUGGGUGACUGGUUUGACCACUGAGCCGCAGAAGGCCGAGUCCGGCCCCGGAGACGAGGUCAGAAUGAGCAAGGAGAUCCAGUCCAAAGUGGAAGCACUCAGGGCGGAGCUGGAGCAGCUGCAGGUCAAAGUCCUGCAGGGCCGCGAGCAGUACCAGCAGACCUCUCAGUCGAGCACAGCCGUCUCUGCUGUGCCUGUCUUCAGCAUCAAUGACAAGUUCACCCUCUGCCAGGACGAUGCCAGCUACAGCCUCACUCUGGAGGUGCAGACUGCCAUUGACAAUCUACUGCUGCAGAGUGACGUCCCCAUUGACCUGCUGGAUGUGGACAAGAACUCCGCUGUUGUCAGUUUCAGUGAAUGUAAUUCAGAGCAGCCCAACGGGAACUUCCUCCUGGCCACAUACAGAUGUCAGGCCAACACUACCAGACUCGAGCUCAAGGUGAGGUCCAUCGAGGGGCAGUACGGGAACCUCCAGGCCUACAUUACCCCCAGACUGGAACCCAAGACAUGCCAGGUCCGCCAGUACCACAUCAAACCGCUGUCCCUCCACCAGCGCACACACAGCAUAGACCAGGAACGGCCCAUGAACCGGCUCAGCCUGGUGGGACAGUUCAGUUUCGCUGAGAUCCACUCCUGGGUGGUCUUCUGUUUGCCGGAGGUACCUGAGAAAACACCUGCAGGAGAGAGCAUCACUUUCUGCUUCCAUAACACUUUUCUUGGAACGCAGCUUGAAGCCACCUAUUGCAAAGGUGAAGGCCACUUCAAGUCAGACAACAUCUCUACCAUCUCCAUACUGAAUGAUGUUCUCUCCAAGGAAGCCACCAAGAGAAAAAUCAAUCUGAACAUUUCAUAUGAUAUCAAUGACGACUCUGUAAGCCACACUCUGAAGAUGAUACAUCCAAAGCUGGAGUACCAGUUGGUGUUGGCUCGAAAAGUUCAGCUUAUCGAUGCACUUAAAGAGCUUCAAGUUCAUGAAGGGAACGCUGACUUCCUCAUCCCAGAGUAUCGAAACAUCUUGGAUGAGUCCGCCAAUCUCCUCGAGGAGUACAAGAAGCAGCCGGCGCAUCUAGAGAGGCUUUAUGGAAUGAUCACCGAUCUCUUCAUCGACAAAUUCAAGUUUAAAGGCCAAAACGUGAAAACCAAAGUGUCCUCGUUGCUGGAGAUACUCGAUAAUUAUGACUUAAAUUCUCUGUUAGACUUUUUCAAAGAGGCAUGAUGUCAUGUAGAUAAUAUAUUUAUUCACUUGUCUUUAUUUGUGUAGUUUUUGUAUUGUAAAUACAAAUGUGGUGUCUUGUCUUUCUUUUAAGCAGUGUUGUUAUCAUGUUGUCUCUUAGCUGUUUUAAUAUUGUGUGCAGCAUUUAAAUAUUCAUAAUAUAUUUUGAUAGCAUAUAAAACCAAAGUAAUUAAUAAACCACUACAAGGUUUCCAGGAUAGUGAAUCUUCCUCUUUUUAUUCGUGACCAGGCUUUGGUUUGGGUAUGAAGCCUCAGUGACCCCAUGUAUGUUUUUACAUCAUAAAUAUGAUAUCACUGUGAGGUUGAAUGAAACAUUUAACGAUAUUUGCAAAUGUUUGUAAAAUGUGUAUUCAACAGGCUGAUGGAAAGUGAAAUAAAGAGUAGAGUAGGAAAAGCUCAUUUUAUACCAGGAGCUAUAUAUGACCUUGUCCACACGACUCACUCAAGUCUGCAAUCUAAUCCAAUAAAAUGUAUAAACUUUCA